AUGAAGGUAGACGCGAACCCCAUCCUCAACCCCGUCAAGGACCUUGCAGACUAUGCCGCCGACGCCGACGCGCCUCUCGACCUCGACGGCGCGCGGCCGACACAUCCCUUCCUCGCACGCGAGGUGACUGACAUCGAGCAGAGCCUCAUCCGCGGCAAGCGUUUCUCCCUCGAUGACCUCCCCGCGUUCAUCAAUGCUGUGAAAAACAUCCAGGGACCCGGCAUCAACGACCGUCUCUUCCUGCUCGAGAAGCUCCUCACCGUCAUGGCACGCUCUCCCGACGACUCCGUCUUUGCUGCCCGCCUCCAGCAGGCUGCCAUGGACAUCCUCUACAAGGACCUCCCGCACCCGCCCGCCGGCUUCCUCUCCGUCCUUGCCAGCGCUCCACCCUCCGCACCGUCCCUGCUCCAGGGCGUCAAGUACGCGUACCGCAGCGUGGACGGGAGCAACUACAACGUCCUCUCCCCGGCGCUCGGCAAGGCCGGCACCCCCUACGCGCGCUCCGUACCCAGUGUCAACUUCAUUCCCCCUCAGUACCUCCCCGACCCGGGCCUCGUCUUCGACACGCUCCUCAAGCGCGACCAGUUUGUCGAGCACCCGGGCGGCGUCUCGAGCCUGUUCUUUGCGUUCGCGGACCUCGUGAUUCACAGCAUCUUCAACACCAACACGCGCGACUGGACGGUCAACGACGCGAGCAGCUACCUCGAUCUCAGCCCGCUCUACGGCUCGUCCCAGCAGCAGGUUGAUGCUGUCCGCCGACAUGACGGCACGGGCCGUCUGUGGGAGGACGUGUUUGCGGACGCGCGCCUGUUGUUCAUGCCCCCCGCGGCGGGUGCACUGCUCGUGCUGUUCUGUAGGAACCAUAACUACGUCGCAGAGCGCAUUCUGGCGAUCAACGAGCUCGGUACGUAUGCAUCGCCCGAGAGCCUGAGCGCGCAGAAGCGAGCGGCGCAGGACGAGGAGAUCUUCCAGCGCGCGAGGUUGGUGAACUGUGCGUUCUUCAUGCAGGUGAUCCUGGGCGACUAUGUCGGUGCGAUCCUCGGUCUAACGAGGGACGGACUGGGUUGGCGGCUCAACCCGCUUGAGGCGAUGCGUGAGUUGACUCACGAGUGGACGCCUCUGGGCGAGGGGAACGUCGUUUCGGUCGAGUUCAACUUGAUGUACAGGUGGCACGCGACGGUCUCGCAACCGGAUACCGUUUGGACGGACAACCUGUUCAAGGAUUUGUUUGAGGGGAAGCCGUACGACCAGAUUACGGUGGACGACUUUAGGAAGGCGGUGACGAAGUAUGUCAUGGGGCAGUCGCAGGAUGUGAAGGAAUGGACGUUUGAUAAACUUAAGCGGGGCCCGGAUGGGAGAUAUAGCGAUGCGGACCUGGCGAACAUCCUACACAGUGCAACGGAGGCGCCUGCGAGCGCAUUCAAGGCGCGCGGAAUCCCCGAGGCGCUGCGCAUCGUGGAGGUUCUCGGCAUCCUCCAAGCACGUAGCUGGGGGACGUGCUCGCUGAACGAGUUUAGGAGCUUCAUGGGUCUUGCGCCAUAUAAGAACUUUGAGGAGUGGAACCCGGAUCCGAAGGUCUAUAAAGCGGCCGAGGCGCUGUACCAUGAUAUCGAUAAUUUGGAGCUGCACGUUGGGUUACAGGCGGAGCAGACAAAGGUCCCGAUGCCUGGCGCGGGCCUCUGCCCGGGGUACACGAUCUCGCGCGCGAUCCUCGCGGACGCGGUCUGCCUCACGCGCGGGGAUCGCUUCCUCACCGUGGACCUCACUCCGUUCAACUUGACGACGUGGGGCUACGAUGAUGUGCAAUACGACAAACGCGACGGCUCGUUCGGCGGGAUCCUUGGGAAGCUGCUCUCGCGCUCGCUGCCGGGCUACUAUCCCGCGGGUUCAGCGUACGCUGCAUUCCCGUUCAUGGUACCGAAGACGAUGAAGGGAUAUGUGGAGAAGCUUCCGGAGCAGGGACUCGUAGAGAAGUAUACGUGGGAACGGUCGAUGCCGGUGCGCGGGGGACCGGGUGUGCAGGCUGUCAUUGAGGAGAAGAAGGCGGAUGCGCUGGUGAAUGGAGUGGUGCCUGAUCGGGAGGUGGUCCACAAGGUGUUGUAUGAGGAUGCCGUGCUUGAGAAACAUGCCGCGGCGUUUGGUCAGAUCGCGCAGGGGUUGAUCAAGGACAAGUCGGUCGAGCAUGUCGACUCGCCAGCGCGGUAUUUGAACGUGAUAAGGGACGUGGUCAACCUCGUGCCUGUGUAUUGGAUUUCAAAUGACGUUGCUGGGAUACCGAUGAAAACGGAGACGAAUUUGAAGGGCGUGUUCCGCGAGCAGGAGCUUGUGAAGAUGUUUGCGGACGUUGCGAGCUACUUGUCUCCGGGUACGAGCACGUCGCAGGAGUUUGAGCUGCGUGACAAGUCGACGAAGGUCGCGCGUACGGUGAUGGAGGUUACCAAGGGGCACCUCUCAAGCCUCAGCGGUGGUUCUCUGCUCGGUUUCGCGGCAUAUAUCGUCGAUUGGGUCGUCGGGCACAAUGAGCGCGACAGCGAGUUCCUCAAGACCCUGCUCGCCGUGGGCAAAGGCGCGAGCGCCGAUGCGCUCGCUGCAGGCGUGUUUGUGGAGAUUGUUGGGAGUGCGGCGCCGUAUUCGAGGGCGCUCGCGGAGGUGGUGGAUUAUUAUUUGGAGGAGAGCAGGAAGCAGGAGCUUGUGAAGCUGUUGGCGGCUGGGAAGGCCGGCGAGGCGAAGGUGGAGGAGGGGAUCUUCCAGGUGUUUGUGUCUGAUUCGACGAACGGCGUGUCGCGCGGUGGUCUGCUGACGCCUGACCAGGGGCUGACCGACCCGAGGUUCUUUGUGAAGACUGCCGUGCAAGUCCUCCGCGCGAUCUUUGCGCUCGACGAGUUGACCCGCGUUCCUGGGGCGAUGGGCAAGCUCAACCGGUUUGUUGACAGUGUCGACGGAAGGAAAGAGCAACUUUACUUGGACUCCAAGGGGAAGGUCACUCAGUGGCCCAUCUCGAUGAUGGUUCAGUACAACAUGAGAUCCUCCGCAUAA